AUAUAUCCGAGCAUACCGGCCACAGCAAGUGGGCGACAGCCCGACUCUCCGCAACGUCCCGCAGAGCCUGGAAGCUUGGCGCGAGCACGCCAUCAGCAGCCAACGGCGGCUGAACGCAGCGAACCCGCCAGACUGCACCGGGCGUAGGUCGGAGGCGUAGCCGAUGGAGUGGCUAACGACAAGAGGAUACGGUAGCAGGUGGCAAGGCUGGGAAUGAUAUCGUCAUGGCUUCGAAAAGCGUCGAAGAGCUGCAUCGGUGAGCGUGGCAGAGUGGCCGAAGAGGCUCAUGAAAUGCCCGAGCCCCCCGCAAGCCCGGCAGCGCCUCAUCACGCAAGGCACGAGGAAACGUCACAGCGAUGCUCAGGCACCACCAGAUUCCCUGGCGGGCGGCGCCUUAGUCAGGUGUAUCCACGCCCUCUGAUUGGCUGCAGGCGGAGCAUUUCGUUGUUCGGGCACGCUGGGGCUCAUGGCGCUAAAAUUGCGUGCUCGAGAAAAACUAUGGUGCCUUCCACCGUGAUUUCAAAGGCCCCGAUGGCGGCCGUCAAUAUAUACGACCUGUCCUCUUCUUACACGACACUCUCCUCCUCACACCACCCACAUCUGCAUCCCACGAAAAAGCCCCAAUCCAGCGCUUUACGAGAAAAAAACCAGAGUCUGCACGCUUCUGGCUACCGUCGAGCACGUGCCCUCGCCAAACCCUACUAUUGUCUUCGCUUCUUCGACAACAUGACGUCCACUGUCUACGAUGAGCCGUACGAGGAGGAUGUGAAGACGAGGAACGUCGAGUCGGGAUACGCCAGCGGUGCUUCCGAAGACGAUUCAUUGCCCGAGGUCUCCUUCAGCAAGCAACACCUCAAGUUCCUCAACUCGCAGCUGCAGAGGGCUGAGCCUGAAGGUAUGUUGCCAUUGCCUCACCCCACUAUGUGCGGGGUAUAUGCUGACCUGGUAUAGCUAUUCUCCAAUGGUGCAUCAUGACCCUGCCGAGUCUAUACCAGACCACGGCGUUUGGUCUUACUGGUCUGGUCGCCCUAGACAUGCUGUCCAAGAUCACCACUCCCAUCAAGCCCAAUGUUGAUCUCAUCUUCCUCGACACUCUCCACCACUUCGACGAGACGCUUUCCCUGGUUGAACGCGUCCGAAAGAACUACCCCCGCUUCACCCUCCACGUCUACAAGCCGGAGGGCGUCGAAACCGCCGAUGAGUUCGCCUCCAAGCACGGCCAGACUCUCUGGACGAAGAACGAAGAGCUCUACGACUACGUCGCCAAGGUCGAGCCCGCUCAACGCGCCUACUCCGAACUCCAAGUCAAAGCCGUGCUCACCGGCCGUCGUCGUAGCCA